AUGGCAUCCAGGUCCUUUACCGAGUCGGCCAGCAACGCGACCAAAUCAGCCAGAGAAACAACCAAGAAUGCGCUGGAGAACCCCUCGGCGACAGCCAGCAACGUCCUGCGCCAGCCUUAUAUGCGCGCCGCGUUACCCUUUAUCAAUGGCGGAAUCGCAGGCAUGACCGCCACCAUAGUCAUCCAACCCGUCGACAUGAUCAAGGUGCGUCUCCAGCUGGCCGGCGAAGGCCAAAAGACCGGUCCAAAGCCCACCGCACUCGGGGUGACCAGGAACAUCAUUGCCUCGGGCAAAGCCCUCGAUCUGUAUACGGGCCUUAGCGCGGGCUUACUCCGGCAAGCCGUCUAUACCACCGCGCGCCUCGGGUUUUUUGAUACAUUCAUCGGCAUGGCCAAGACCCGUGCUGAGGAUCAGUCCCGGAACGUCAGUUUCGGUGAGCGAGCCUUUGCCGGUCUCACGGCUGGAGGUCUGGCGGCCAUGAUUGGCAACCCGGCCGACCUCGCUCUGAUUCGAAUGCAGUCCGACGGACUGAAAGCUCCGGAGGCACGAGCCAACUAUCGCUCUGUCAUUGACGCCCUCACCCGGAUCGCGAAGAGUGAAGGUAUCGGCGCAUUGUGGUCUGGAGCCACUCCGACGGUGGUGCGCGCCAUGGCGUUGAACCUAGGUCAGCUGGGUUUCUUCGCCGAGUCGAAAUCACAGCUCAAAGCCCACACGAACCUCUCCACCCAAACCCAGACUUUUGCAGCCUCUGCUAUUGCGGGAUUCUUUGCUAGUUUCCUCUCGCUGCCAUUCGACUUUAUCAAGACUCGUCUGCAGAAACAGCAAAAGAACCCACAGACUGGAGAGUUGCCAUACAAGGGCGUACUCGACUGCGCGCGUAAAGUGGCUCAGGAAGAAGGCUGGCUCCGAUUCUACCGCGGAUUCGGCACAUACUACAUUCGCAUUGCGCCACAUGCCAUGGUCACGCUGAUUGUCGCUGAUUACCUUAAUUUGAUCACCAAGUAA